AUGCCCCUUGACCUAAAGUCACCAUCGAUACACAACAAGUUAAUGGGAUCCCGCAUCCCGCACCCUCCUUCGACCAAUUUCUAUGACGAUGACACCCAGUCCAGCAACGACUUUUCCACUCCUCCUGCCAAAAGAGCAAAGACCACUGCAGCUUCCUCAUCUAAUGGCACCCGUGGCUCGAAAUUGGCCUCAACUGCGAAGGCAUUCCCUUCCAGAAGGACAGUGAAAACCGAAAUCUCGGAUUCAGAGGAUGACAACGACUUGAGAGACGGCGACGGCGAGCAAGAGAUUGGCCAUGUUCAAGCUACACAAUUGGAAACGGCUCUCCCUCCAAUCCAGAGCGAUCAGGACGCAAUUGAGGCCUACGAGGCCUACAAAUCUGGUGAAUAUGAACAAAUCGUCGAACCCACCAAAACCCCCGAUGGAAGCCCAACCACAACACGAUCCCGUCUAGAAUCACGGUCUUGGGUCCGAGGUCGAAGUUCUCUCUACGUCGACGCAUUUAACCUCGCCCUUGAUACAGUCUUGGAAGACGAAGGCCAUCUCUUCAAUGAAGCCGAAAUGGCCUUGUUCUCCGACUGGAGGCUUCUCGAUUACGAAGCCCAGUACCUCUACGUGAGACUAUUUCUACGCAAAACUAGUAAGUGGUUCAGAGUGAAGGAUCUUCCUUACUACAGUGACGUCUCCAACAUAGACGCUGCAACACUCGAGUUGCAAAGGGAUCGACCUCUGCCUCUCGUCACUUCUGAAGAGGAACUCCAUCCGGGCGAGGCGGAGCGACCAGAAGGUACAACGCUGGGACUGACGUAUGCCUUUGCUGAGUGCUCAUCAGAGCAUAUUACCACCUUGGAUGAAGCAAGUGGACUGUUGUUGCUGGACGAAUUGAAGACUCUUGCUCGGGAAGUCAAGGUACAAGGCAAGAACAAGACCGAAUUAUUACGAAAUUUUCGGAGGACGAGUGGCAAGCAAUCUGGCUUGGGAUUCAAGGAGCUGAAACGCACCGAAACCGACGAUUCAACCGGAAGUGUCAUGUCCGAAGACGCAAGAUCUGUCGACGAGGACGAGGAUGAGAGCAGUGGCUCCCGCACCCCUAUCACAAAUCGUGAUGCACAUUUUACCAGGAAAAUCCUCGACCGAACUGGAAGAUGCAUUAGGUUGGCAUUGUCGCCCCUCAAACUCUUUGAACGAGUACACCUCGUCUUCUAUCGAAGUACUGAAUGGACCGAAAAGAGUUUGACCACUUUGAUUCUGGCUAAGAUUUCACGACGCACAUUCCCAGACUAUAUCGUGAGCCGAUCCGCAACAAUCUUUGAAUCCAGAGCUCUGCUCCUCGAGUUCGAGGCCGGACUUCGGACCCAAUUCAGAGUGGACAAUGUUCUCGAGUUCAACGGCACACCCAGUCCAUUGACACUGCAAGAAAUUCGAGAUAUCUUCGAAGCUGUCUACCCACGCUGGAAAGCAUUGGUCAAGUCAGAGCAAGAGAAAGAAGACAGGGUGUAUGAAAGUGGUGAAGGUGCUUAUCUUCGACGAUUCAGUCCCGCUUGGGUCUACACCCGUAUUGUACACAAAGGUCUUCAUCCACUUGGAAGAUUCAAAGAACAUCUGAGAGAACACAACGUCUUGACUGAACUACUCGACCAAAGACUCUUUCACGCCGCAAGACGAGGUGCUUGGUAUCAACGUAAAGCUCUAUUGGAAGAGCAUUACAUGCAUGCAUUGGUGGAUGCCAACGGAAGGACAGUCGAAGCGAACAAGAAGCACUGGAAAAGGAUUGCUUUGCGGACAUGUGAGCAAGGUCUUCAGGACAAAGAGUGCCAUCUCAUCUAUCACUACGACCUUCAGAAACGUAUUAAGAAGUUGGAAAAACAACUCCGCCUGCCAAUGCGAGAACAACAUGAUUUCGGACAUGUGAGACUCAGCAAAGCCGUCGAGAGAACUGUUGUGGGGAUCAAGAUCGAAAAACAACAACACCAUGACCCGCCUAUGCGCAGGACGAGUUUGGGUCGCAAAGACAGUGUCGGCACCAGCACCGACAACCACAAUCAGAAGACCAACUCCACAAACACCUCGGAUGGCAAGAUCAGCACCGAAAACGAUCCUGAGAGACCAGCGUCUACCGUACCUCGACUCAUUCCCCAAACCAGCACCAUGGGAGCCAAAACGAUCUGGCUCGACGAACAAGACACGAGUCUCCCCGUAUCGGUAGAAGCCAUGUGUCUAUCCCACUAUCGCAAGAUCAUGGGCUAUAAAGGCUACCACUGUGAAGGCGGAAUCUUACGAACUUUGUUCGGCCUACUCUUCUACGACAUCCUCUUCUUCGAGCCCUACAUCCCCAAUGUAUUCCAAACCCCAUAUCAAACAUGUCCACUAGAUCUACACACGGAUUCGUUCUAUAGUUCGCGGGUACAUGAGAUCACACGGCGCGUCAAUGAGAUCUCCAAUGGUGAUGGCCUCGAGAUUGUCAGACGAGUGUGGAAUCAUCACUUCGAGGCCCGGACCUGUAUUGUCGGAGUGAGAUGGGAUGAGUUUGAUCGUGAUGACUUGUUUGAGUUGAUCGAGUGUUGGGACCCAAGUGCAUUGGGUACUGUCAUGCUGGUCAUGGCCCAAGAAUAUCAGGCAAGAGGUGGAGGGGUUCCGGAUUUGAUGCUGUGGAAGAAAUUCGACGACGGUGACGGACAAGGAAAUGAGCAUGGCAACGAUGACGACCAUGACAGCAACAAUGAUAGAAACGAUAACGACAACGACGAGAAUCAUGUCGGUGACAACAAGAACAACGACCGCAACAAACACAAAGCACCUCAAGCUACAGCUACGGCCAACAACACGACAGCUGCGGAUCUGCCGCAAGCAAAAGGCGAGAUCCUCUUCGCCGAGGUCAAGUCAGCAAACGACCGACUUAGCGACACCCAGCGAUUGUGGAUUUCGGUGCUAUUAGGCGCCGGUGUGAAAGUCGAAUUGUGCCAUGCAGUUGCAGGCUCAGUGCGCUAUGAAUGA